AUGGUUACUGCUUCGUACGCCUUCUUUGAGGCCCUUGUUGAGGCCGGGGUAACUCAUUGCUUCGUUAACUUAGGAUCGGAUCAUCCUUCUAUUCUAGAAGCUUUGAUUACGCUUAAAAGGGAGAACAAGGGUCCAGAAGUUAUAACAUGUCCAAACGAAAUGGUAGCCCUCUCCAUGGCCGAUGGAUAUGCCCGUCUAACCGGCAAACCACAAUGUGUAAUCGUACACGUCGAUGUAGGAACCCAAGGAUUGGGAGCAGCGGUUCAUAAUGCCUCAUGCGGACGGGCACCCGUUCUUAUAUUUGCCGGUCUAUCUCCCUACACAAUUGAAGGAGAAAUGCGCGGAUCGCGAACAGAAUAUAUCCAUUGGAUUCAAGAUGUACCCAACCAAGCUGAGAUUGUCAGACAAUAUUGUCGAUACUCAAUGGAGAUUAAGACGGGGAAGAAUAUUAAACAAAUGGUUAAUAGGGCUCUUCAAUGGGCUACUAGUGCUCCUGCUGGACCAGUAUAUCUGUAUUCAGCAAGAGAAGUCAUGGAAGAGGAAAUUGAUGAUUAUGAUCUGGUUCAGGAACAUUGGAAUGCAGUGGAGCCAGCUGCACUUUCUGAGAGUUCAGUUGCUACGAUUUCUGAAGCAUUGGUCAAUGCAAAGGAGCCAUUGAUUAUCACUGGCUAUAGUGGUCGAAAUCAUAAGGCAGUAGGAGCUCUUGUCGAAUUGGCGGAUACAGUUAAAGGUCUUCGUGUUCUGGAUACUGGUGGAAGUGAUAUGUGCUUUCCAGCUGAUCAUCGUGCUUGGCUGGGAUUGAGAUACGGCAGUGACAAGGCCAUUGAAACUGCCGACGUCAUUGUUGUCAUUGACUGCGAUGUACCCUGGGUUAACACUUUAUGUCAUCCUUCAAAAUCAGCCAAGAUAUUCCAUAUCGAUGUUGACCCACUCAAACAACAAAUGCCAGUAUUUUAUCUCGCCGCGCUUUCUCGUUACAGAGCUGAUAGUUACACAUCCAUAAGCCAACUCACAAAAUACAUAAAAAAUGCUAGUGACUUUGCCAACAAACUUUCCUCCUCGCCAUACACGGAUCGAUGGGAGGCUCUCGCUACAGAUCACACCAAGCGCCUUAAGACUAUAAACGCUGCUUCAUCAAAAGUCUUUGAAGAUGAUUCCUUCGGCACCGGUUACCUCUGUCAACAACUACGCAAGAUCGUACCUACUGACACAAUCUUCGCUAUCGAAGCCGUAACCAACACCGUAUUCGUAGCAGACAAUAUUCAAGCUACUCUCCCCGGUUCUUGGAUCAACUGUGGAGGAGGAGGAUUAGGAUGGUCUGGUGGCGGAGCUUUAGGUAUUAAAUUAGCAUCUGAGAUUGAGAAUGGGAAAGGAAAGGGAAAGUUUGUCGUCCAGAUUGUUGGAGACGGAACAUUUUUAUUCUCGGUUCCAGGAAGUGUUUAUUGGAUUUGUCAAAGAUAUGGCAUUCCAGUUCUAACCAUUGUUUUGAAUAACAAGGGUUGGCACGCACCAAAACGAUCUCUCAUGCUAGUUCACCCCGAUGGUAUCGGAUCCAAAGCCACUAACGAAGAAUUGAACAUAUCAUUCGCACCACAAGUCCCAGAUUACGCGGGAAUCGCUCGAGCCGCAUCUGGAAACAGCAUAAUGGCCGAAAAGAUUUCGAAAGCUAGUGAGAUCGAGAAGGUCUUACUGAAGGCUGUGGAAAGUGUUAAGGGGGGUACCACCGCGGUGAUUGAUGCGGUUGUUGUGCCUGGUUGUUAG